AUGCCAGUGCCAUGGAUGACCAAUCAGCGGAGAUCUUACAUCCCAAACAUCGCCGAGAGGGCCCUGACGGUGAAGCAGCUCUGCGACCUGCGCGUCUUCUUGCAGCGACUUUGCAAGGCCAAGCUGCUGCGCCGGAGGGCGGUCGCGCAUGGUGAACGCCUGCAGUGGCAUGAGUUGAACCUCUACCAUGUCACGGAUGAGGUGGUUAAGCCUGUCAUCAGAUUCCAGGACAAGAUGUGGCAAGUAGGGGAUGCAGCCGGAUACUCGUGGGCAGAGUUGGUGGCGCCCGAACCUCAGGCAGCCCAGCUCAUGGUCAGCCACUGGUGGGGAGGACGAUUUGUGGACUUCAUGCAUGCCGUCGACAAGGUGAUGGGCCAUAAGGCUCUCGGCAUCGGGGCGACGCUGUGGAUUUGCACUUUCGCCAACAACCAGUUUGGUGAGGACUUCGGCGCCAGCAUCCGAGAGACGCCGUUUGUACGAGCAGUCCAAGAGGCGGAGACGACGAUUCUCAUGGUCGAUCGUGACGCAGGCUCAUUGAGGCGCAGCUGGUGCUGCCUUGAGCUACACUACACAAUCCUGCAGGAGAAGUCGCUGGAGCUCUACACGUCCGCAGGGCCUGUGGGAUCCGAAGCCGUUUCUUCUGGGCCCUUGGUGGAUGCAAUCUCUGAGUGGGAUGUGCGGGAGAGCGCAGCUUCGGAGCAGGCGUAUCGGCGUCAGAUCCUGAACUUCAUUGCUGACGUCCCUGAGCAUUCUGGGCUGCUGACCAGAGACACGGGCGAGCUGGUCUUGGUCAACGACCGACCCCAGCUUGACACCUCGAGCCCAGACACCGAGAAGGAGUUCAUGCAGGUGCACCGCAGGGCUUUUGAGGACCUGAACAUGAGUGUUCGCUUCUCCGUGAUCCACUCGAUUGGUCCUCAGAAAAGGUCCAAGGGAUGCAGGAUCCCGAACACAUCGCAGAGAGGCAUUACCUUGGGUCAGCUCCGGACCUUUGCAAGGAAGGCCAGCCGCGCACUCACGAAGCUCUUGCCGGACGUGGCGUGGGAGCAGAUUUCCACUGAGCAAGUCUGCCAGCACUACGUUCUGCCUCGGACUCUUGACCGCGGAUGUUCCUAUGUUGAGCUCGUGGCAGAGGGGCCUCAGUUCCCGUCGAUUUACAUCGACUACCAGUUCUCAAUGCUCUUUGCUGAGAUUAUGGCGUCUGUCGAGUGGCUAGCCGAAGCUCUGAGCUUGAAAGAUUGCGAAGUUUUCUUCUUCAGCCUACUGGCUUACAACCAACAUCGCGCACGCCAAGAAAUCUAUGCGAAUUCGCACCACCACGGCAAUACUCUCGUGGUGGAUAAAGCCCAAUCUGGAUGCCACAGCUUCCUGAUCACAGCAAGCAGCGAAAUCAGAAACGCGAACUCGCAGAAAGACCGGUGGAGCUUGAGCAAAGCGUGGCGGCUCUACAACAUCGAGUGUGCCGCGUGCCUGGGACAGGCCGUUUACAUCGCCUGUAGCUCUGGUGUGAUGGCGUGCACCAAGCUCUUUCCCAACGGCCACUCAAAGUACGGAGCCAUUGACCCCACCAUUACACAGGCCAUGUUCGACAUCUACGAGGCGGACAUCCUCCCCUGUGCCUUGGAGGGCGAUGGCAAGACAAUCUGGGAGUUCCUCCAAGAGGGGUACAAGGGCUCGGGUCCGCAAAGGCUGCAUCGACGCCUGCAGCGCUGGAGUGCCUUUCACCUGGUCCUCGUCCUUGCGGGCUCCGGGCAGGAAGAGCUUGCGUCGUUGAAGAAGAUCAUCUCGAUACCUGGAUUUAGCAUACAGUCCGAGUUCGCGAAGGGGGAAUUGGGCGAAUGUGCUUUGCAUCAGGCAGUUGCGGCCAAUUGCCAGCAGACGGUGCAGCUGCUCCUGCAUGCCGGAUUGUCACCCAACGCCACAGACGCCAUGCAGGAGACUCCCCUACACUACGCGGCCCUGGCAGGAAACUCCACCAUGGUCGACUUGCUGAUCGCUGCCAGCGCCGACCCUUUCAUGGAGUCGACCUUCGGAGAGACUCCCCUGGAGGUAGCUGCCCAAAACGCGGCAGCCUUCCUGGGGCACGAGUCUGCACAUCUCACGGGCCCCUUGGAGCGCUACCAGACUUCUUUGGGCAACGCGGCCUGCUCCCUCAGCUGA